UCUGGAAACAGGGAGAGAGGAAGGGAGAAACAGAGAGGAAGUGAAAGAGUGGGACAGACAUAGACGAAGGUCUGUUAGAAAAAAGGAACAAAAGAGUGGUAUAAAGAACUUUAAUAUGAAAAUUUUAAAGUCUGACAGAGGACCAUGAAAAAUGAACAUUAACAUGGUCUAGAGAAGAGAAGAGAAGAGAAGAGAAGAUCCAGAAAACAAACUGAAAAGGCUGUUUGCUCUAGGAAAGACAUCUGAAAAGGAAAACCAAGUAAAGAUCCAAGUCAGGAGCUGAAGGAGCCUGGAACAGGAGCGUCACAAAGACCAGAGACUUUGAAGAUUUGAACCACAUGCUAAGGAUGCCAGUGUCACAGGGCUGUUUAUGUGUUGUCAAGUAUUUGAUGUUUGUCUUUAAUCUCAUCUUCUGGCUAGGAGGAUGUGGCCUGUUUGGAGUUGGAGUCUGGCUGUCCUUCACGCAGUCAGAGUUUUCCUCUCUUCCACUUUCAUUUCCGUCUCUCUCAGCUGCCAAUCUGCUGCUAGUUGCUGGUGGUAUUACUAUGAUAACAGGCUUUCUGGGUUGUCUUGGAGCGCUUAAGGAGCAGCGUUGUCUAUUGUUUACGUUCUUUUUGAUCCUGUUACUCCUGGUCCUGACAGAAGUGACUCUCGUUUUAGUUAUCCACAUUUUUCAUGACCAGCUGGAUUCAAAAGCACAAAAAGAAUUAAAGGAAGAUAUGAAGAUGUAUGAAUCAGAUCCUGGCCUUAAGAAUUCCUGGGACAAUGUCCAGAAAAUGUUCAAGUGCUGUGGCGUAACCAACAAAACAGACUGGUAUAACGUGCUGCAGGGAAAGCUACCCUUAUCAUGUUGCUCAGUUGGGACACAGACCUGUGUUGAAGGAUGGACUGAGCCAUGCUACCAGAAAGCAAGAAAGUGGCUGAUAAAAAACAUCACCUCUGUCCUGGUGUUUGGAGUGUGUAUUGGUGUUGUGCAGAUUUUGGCCCUGGUGUUCUCCAUGCUCAUGUAUUGUCAAAUUCGUUCGGCCGAGAAACACUUGGACUAACUGCAGAAAAGCUGUUCAACAGAUGUCACGUGAUGCCUUUCAAACUCAUCAACUGAAUUUCUAAAAUCAACACCGAUUUACUUAGUUCUUCCACACCGCGCUGUACAAAGACAUCUGUUAACUGGGAUAUAUUAAUUAACCUAGUAAUGACUAUCAUUUCCUUCAUUGUAGAUACAAUUUGACAAAUAUUUAUUUAGUAUAUACUAUAUUUUAGCCUUUGGAUGUCAUUUAUCUAAGAUGUAAAAAAAAGCACAGGGGAGCACUCUUAAUGGACUGCUUCUUAUAUAGCGCUUUUUUACUGUCUUGGAGUACUCAAUGCGCUCUAUACAACACGCCGCAUUCACCCAUACACACCAGCACCAACCUUUGUCAGUGCUUUAACUCAUACUCCAAUGGAUGCAUCGGAGACCAAGUGGGGGUUAGUAUCUUAGAUUAGUAAGCUUAGAGCACCUGGUAUUCCCAGGCAGUCUCCCAUCCAAGUAUUAAUCAAGCCCAACACUGCUUAGCUUCCAAGCCCAGAUGAGAUCGAGCGUGCUCAGGGUGGUAUGGCCGUAAGCACAAACUGCUGGUUCAGUUUGUGUAUUUAGUCCAGCACGGUAGUAGCAGAAAAUAUAUUUGAUACAUGGACCCUGGAAAAUAGAUUUUUAUUUGACGUUUAAUUCUAAAUUUCUAUCCUGUAAAAUGUAGGCAUAAUGGAUAUACAUCUGCUUCACUUAUUUUACCGCAACAAUUUUCAAAUAUCCUCAUAGUCACUCAGAAUGUAACUCUUGGUAUUCCUUUAUAGCCUAUAUAUUCAAACUGAUCCAGGGCAAAAUGAAUAAAAUGAAUAAAAAUGAAAUGAAAUGUCGCUCCGUGUCUUUGGGCUGUGGGAGGAAGCCGAAGUACCCGGAGAGAACAACCCACGCAAACAUGAGGAGAAGAUGCAAACUCCACACAGAAAGGACUAAACAUAAAACCAGUAAUUUAUCCCUUAGACAUUACAUCCCAUGUGUGGCAUAUAUCAGUGUUUUGCUUGUAAAUUGGUGUAAUUAAUUAACACAAACAGUGAACUAUUAAAACCUUAAGAGAACAGAGA